AUGCGACCCGAAGCUAUUCAAAAUGAACGUGACCGAAUUGGAAGUACAAAGCGUCGGAAGCGCACGUCAACAAAUCAAGACGAUACCUCGGAUUCUGAAAGCAUUCCAUCGCCAAAAAUGGACUCAAACGCGAGUGCAUCAUGUCGACUUCUUCAAAUGCUCGUCGACGUUGAACAGCGUGCCCUUAGCAGCCAAAAUAUGGAUAGGCUCUUACGAGAAGAUACUGAAUGCCGUACCAGUAGACAACGAACAGUCAACCAUAUAAUUGGUUGGGCGAACAUGCUACACCCUUUGCCAGAAAUACCAUUUGUUGACAAAAUGCAAUUGCUGAAGCAAUUUUCGCCAUCAUUUGCUCUUCUGAGUACCAUGCAAAGAAGUAUGUCACUACCGCAUUUACUACUACCGAAUGACGAGAUUCUUGUGCUGUCUGCUUCACAUGCACCAUCCGUGGUUACGGUACUCUCUCGUGUAUUCGAAGAAUUGCUUACCCCACUUCGGCGAUUACGCGCUGAUCAGGCCGGAAUUCAGUUGUCUCAAGGCUCUGCUUCUGCUUAA